AGAGAGCUUGAUUUCAGAGACAGUGACUCUGAGAAGCUCAAUCUGUAGUUUCUCUCUCAUAACACAUUCAAGCUUCACUCAGAAUACUGCUGAGUUGAGUUCACAGAGUUCUGUAGUUUCUUUAUCUUCUCUCUGUAAGAAGGCUCUGAUACAGUCUCUGAUUAGCACUGUUAUAUACUUACACUGCACUAAGCAGCUGAAGAAAGAAGAGAUUUUAUAUAUCUAUUUCUUCUCUCACUCUUAUUAUUUUCAUUACAUCUGUAACAAUAACUUCUAUCUCUCUGUAA